UUAACAUAUAUAUAAAUGCUAAAAAAUAAUCAUGACUUAUUUUCUUAUAGAGAAUGGUUUUUCUUGCUUUCACAUGAAGUUUUGAACCCAAUGUAUUGCUUAUUUGAGUAUGCGGGCAAGAACAACUAUUGUCUGCAGAUAAAUCCAGCAUCAACCAUUAAACCAGACCACCUUUCAUACUUCUGUUUCAUUGGUCGCUUUAUUGCUAUGGCAUUAUUUCAUGGGAAGUUUAUUGAUACUGGUUUCUCUUUACCAUUCUACAAGCGUAUGCUAAGUAAAAAACUUACUAUUAAGGAUUUGGAAUCUAUAGAUACUGAAUUUUAUAACUCCCUUAUCUGGAUAAGAGACAACAACAUUGAAGAAUGUGGCUUAGAAAUGUACUUUUCUGUUGACAUGGAGAUUUUAGGAAAAGUUACUUCACAUGACCUGAAGUUAGGCGGUUCCAAUAUCCUGGUGACUGAGGAGAACAAAGAUGAAUAUAUUGGUUUAAUGACAGAAUGGCGUUUUUCUCGAGGAGUACAAGAACAAACCAAAGCUUUUCUUGAUGGUUUUAAUGAAGUUGUUCCCCUGCAGUGGCUGCAGUACUUCGAUGAAAAAGAAUUGGAGGUUAUGUUAUGUGGCAUGCAGGAGGUUGACUUGGCAGAUUGGCAAAGAAAUACUGUUUAUCGACAUUAUACAAGAAAUAGCAAGCAAAUCAUUUGGUUUUGGCAGUUUGUGAAAGAGACAGAUAAUGAAGUAAGAAUGCGACUAUUACAGUUUGUCACUGGAACCUGCCGUUUACCUCUAGGAGGAUUUGCUGAGCUCAUGGGAAGUAAUGGGCCUCAAAAGUUUUGCAUUGAAAAAGUUGGCAAAGACACUUGGUUGCCAAGAAGCCAUACAUGUUUUAAUCGCUUGGAUCUACCACCAUAUAAGAGUUAUGAACAACUAAAGGAAAAACUUCUUUUUGCAAUAGAAGAGACAGAGGGAUUUGGACAAGAAUGAAUGUGGCUUCUUGUCUUGGAGGAGCUCUUGCAUUUAAAUAUCCCCGCCAAGAAAAAUUGCACAGAUAGUGUAUAUACGCUGUUCAUUCUGUACAGUGAAUUUUCUGAACCUCAAAGUAUGUUUUCCGUUCUUCCACAGAAAUAUGCAAAACAAUUCAUCCUUUUCUACUUUAUUUAUUGUUUCUUUGAAAUGACUGACCAGGAAAAAGAUCAUCCUUAAAUUUUGAAGCAAAAGACUUUAUUAAAAAUAAGAAGUAUAUAUCUAUAUAAGCAUAUAUGAUAGUGGCUCUAGUUUUAUAGAGCUCCGAGUGUAUUAAAGAUGACAGCCGUUCAUUCAAAAAGAUCUGGAUUUGCUUUACAUUGUUUCUAUUAGCCAGGGGAAAAAGUGCAAAUUGCUCCAUGUUCUUCUCCCUAUGUGACAUCACCUGAGGGUGUUUAGUUGCAUGGCUAUUCAGGAAGGUAUUAAGGGCUUAGGCCAAAUCUUACUUUAAGUAUGUAAAAAAUGCUGCUGGCUUUUUUGAAGACAGGUGCUUGAACCUGUCCAUUUGUUUUAAAUAAAUACAAUAGUUGAAACUUUUUCCCUCUUUGCUACAUCAGUAAUACAAAGUAAUGAAUGAAAUCAUAACUUACAUGAAAGUCAUAAAUCAGAUUCAGUACAGUUUUGUUACAGAGAUUGUAAAGAAUUCAUUGAGCAGCAUAGAGGCUUGUUUACAUGUUACUUUGGGAUGCUACAUAUUUGUGGAAUUAAAAAGGAAUCAGGCAGUUCUGUACUUAUUUCUAAAUCUGUGAUGUUCUUCAAAUUUGAUUCAUAAUAAAUUGGUAUAAUUUGAUACUUAGGAACAUAUAAAAGGUAAUGUGAAUUUUGCUGCUUUUGUUGUGUUCCAGGCUUUGGUUUUAUGAAACCAGAUGGAUUGAAGAGUUACAUAAAUACUUGAACACUCAGACAAGAGACUAAUGAUGUUCUGUUAGUGUUUGACUAUUGUUAUUCUUCUUAAAUUCACAAAAAUUCUGUAUCUGAAUUAAAUUAACAUAUAAAAAUAUCCCCCCCUUUUACAUAUAUCAAGUUAUUGUCCUAAGUAAAUAACACUUUUUAAUUGUUUUCAUUAUAUGGGCAUUUGCUGAACUUCAAAGAUAUAUAACAGACUAAAAUCUGGUGUGAUAAUUUUAAUGCUACUUUUAGCAAACUGGGCUUCCUAAUUAAUACAGAAACUUAAAUUUACAUUUGUAUCAUGCUUUCAAUACGUACUGUAAAUUUCAUUAACCUAAAAUUUUUUUUAUAACCAUAAAACUGACUUCUUAGAAUGUGUUACCUGUAAAUACUUCACUCCUACAUGCAUACAGUAAAUACUAGUAAACAAUUUAAUUUCCAUAAACAGUAGUUUCCAUUUUGCUAAAAUUUUAUUUUUCUACCUAUUAAUUUAGAUUGUGUUCUGCAUUUUUAUUCAGUAUUCAUAGUAAAGCUGAAAUAAAGGCAGUGAUUCACUUGGUUGAAUAGACUCCUUUCCAGAUCCUAAUUGCAGACACUGGUUAUUUUCAAGCCUAAAGACUUUUAAAAAAAAUUAUUUAAAAAUGUAUGUGACAGGUUAUGUAAUAUAUGGUGACCAGUUUUUAAAAGAACUGCUUAAAUUAUAUCAUAAAAGAGUUAAGCACUAGACACACAGACAGUACCACUGCUUUAUGAAUUUGCCUCUGAUAAAUUAUUGAA